ACACGCAUGCGCACUACGCAGCGCGUGGGUCAGGCAGAGGAGGCCGGGACCCAGCAAAGCGAACCUUACUACGCCUCUGGGGACUCGGUGAAGUCCACCGUCUAGUUGAAGUAGGUAUAUCUCCAUGAAUAACUUAAAUGAUCCUCCAAAUUGGAACAUCCGGCCUAAUUCCAGAGCUGAUGGUGGUGAUGGAAGCAAGUGGAAUUAUGCCCUAUUGGUGCCAAUGCUGGGGUUGGCAGCUUUUCGUUGGAUUUGGUCCAGGGAAUCCCAAAAAGAAAUAGAAAAAGAGAGACAAGUGUAUCAUCAGAGGACAGCUGCUUUCCAGCGGGAUCUUGAAGCAAAGUACCAUGCUGUGAUCUCAGAAAAUCGACGUGCUGUUGCUCAGCUGUCUUUGGAACUUGAAAAGGAGCAAAAUAGAACCACUAGUUAUCGAGAAGCCCUCAUCUCUCAAGGACGCAAGUUGGUGGAAGAAAAGAAGCUUCUGGAACAGGAACGGGCUCAGGUAAUGCAAGAGAAAAGCCAGCUGCAGCCCUUGAGAAGUGUAUACCUGAGCUGCCUGGAGGAGCAGGAGAACUGGGAGCGGAGAGCCCGGCUGAUGCUCAAGGAGGUUGGAGAGGCUCUUGCUGAAAGGCAGAGCAUCUACUGCAGUCUGGUCCUCCCUCGCCAUACCAGGCUAGAGCUUGAGAAGAACUUGCUGGUGCGUGCAUCUGUUGACCCUGUGGCUGCCGACUUAGAGAUGACAGCUGGCUUGACUGACAUAUUUAAGCAUGAUACCUAUUGUAGUGGUAUCUGGAACACCAACAAACGCCAAAAUGGGAGACUCAUGUGGCUAUAUCUCAAGUAUUGGGAACUAGUUGUUGAGUUGAAAAAGUUUAAGAGGGUAGAGAAGGUUAUACUACAGAAGUAAGAGAAAAUGAAAUGAAACUCAAGGCCAGACGACAGUAGUUUGUCAUGGCAUUCUGUGUUCUGCACUUUCCAAUGUUUUAUAUUUCCUGCCACCUCUGUUGUAGCCACAUGGCAGCCAUUCCCAGCAGUGACACUGCUCCUGCCAGCAUGGCCUCAGUAGAUGAAGGCUUUCCUCUAGAUGCUCUGCAGCUGCAAAGGACUCACUUCUCUGAAGCAUUUUUCCAAGCUGCUAAUAUUUAGCAGAAUAAUAUAACCUUAUGUUUUAGUUCUAUGGUAAAAAUUGUUUUUAAAAGCUCAAAUACAAUAUUGCUUCUCAGUUUUCAUUUCUCCCUAAAUAUAUUGUCCUAUUGAGUUAUUUUUCUCCUCCAGAUUCUCUUUAGAAGUUGCCAAGUAACGUGUCAGAUUGCCUUGCAGGUGACAGUAGGAAGUAGUAAUAUCCUCAAGGUUAUGCAUUGAGUGGAACAUCUCUCUCACUCACAAAGGGAAGAAACACCAAGUGUUUCUUGUAUUCAGUUGAUAUUUAGUAUGUGUUUGGAAUUCAGCUUGUGCCUGUAUUCAGCAAGCAGAUAUUUGUUAGUAAUGAUAUAUACAAUAAAAAAUAUAUGCC